CCUCCUAAGGCAACUUGCAGCAAACCCCUCCCCAGCCACACAAAAACCUCCACCACCACCGACAAGGAAAUCCCGAGUACGGCUGCGUCCAAGACGAACUGCUGCGUGAGCCUGGACGUGGGGCAGUGAGACGUGGGGACGGUGGUGGUGGUGGCGGUCUGUCUGCUCGCUCCACGUGUGACUGAGUUGGGAUUUCGACGAUCUCGGGCAGCCGCAGCAACAACCAUGAAUUUCCUGCUGGAGACCUUGAUGGUGAUGGCCAUGAGCGUCGUCUAUUGGCUCGAGUGCCUCUUCCGCUGCGUCGUGCCCCCGCGCCGCAAGAGCGUGGCCGGCCAGGUGGUGCUGGUGACGGGCGCCGGCAGCGGGCUCGGCCGCCUCAUGGCGCUCAACCUCGCCCGCCUGGGCGCCACCCUCGUCAUCUGGGACGUCAACCGUGCCGCUAACGAGGAGACGGCGCAGCUCAUCCGCGAGGAAGGGGACGGCGUGGAGGGCAACGAGAGGAAGCCGCGCGUCCACGCCUACUCGGUGGACUGCAGCCGCAGGGAAGACGUGUACAGGGUGGCCGACCUGGUGAAGCGCGACGUCGGAGACAUCGACAUCCUCGUCAACAACGCCGGCAUCGUGACCGGGCGCAAGUUCAUCGAUUCGCCCGACGAGCUCCUGCAGAAGACGAUGGACGUCAACAUCAUGGCGCACUUCUGGACCUACAAGGCGUUCUUGCCAGCUAUGGUGGCCAACGACCACGGACACCUGGUGAGCAUUGCCAGCUCGGCUGGACUCAUCGGAGUGAAUGGCCUCGCAGACUACUGCGCCAGCAAGUUUGCCGCUGUGGGAUUUGCUGAAUCGGUUGCCCUGGAGAUGUUGGCGCUGGGUAAAUUCGGAGUCAAGACCACGAUCGUGUGCCCAUACUUCAUCAACACCGGGAUGUUUACCGGCUGCGCCACAAAGUGGCCGCGGCUGAUGCCCAUCCUGGAUCAGCACUACGCGUCAAACAAAAUCAUCGAUGCAAUCCUGCGGGAACAGGUCCAGCUGGUCAUGCCGCGCAGCUUGUACGGCAUGAUGGCCCUGAAGAACAUCAUCCCUGUGAAGUUGGGGGUUCUUCUCGGAAACUACUUUGGAGCAUUCCACUUCAUGGACCAUUUUGUGGGAAGAAAAAAUGACUGAGAAGGUGAUAACCUUGAAGAACGGUAUUUGAAAAGUACUGGGCCAUAACGAUUGUAAUUUUCGUUAAGUGCAGUUUGAUGAAUGAAAAAUGUAUUCCAUUAUUCAUAAAACGAAAUGGUCAAACCAUGCUCAUGCUGAGAGGUUAGUACUGUUUUUGCAAAUAAUACCGCUUUGAAAAGCGAUGAAUGUUUAAGAAUAAUUGUGAGCGUGUGUCUUUAUCUCCUGGAUCAUUAUGCCGUAUUAUGUUAAAGAAAAUAAUUGAUUUGACUAAAUCUUUUGAUAUAAAAUGAAAGUAAUUAAAGAUGAUUACUGUAUACUUUUAACUUCACACGCUAUACCCAACCUCAAGAAGAUUAGAUUUUUUUUUUUACAUUUUAGUAUUUUUUUCAAAUUUUUUUUGCGACAAAUCAAGCAAUUUUCACAUUAUGUACUCACACUGUUCCGAUAGCGCAGGGUUGUCGCGAAGACACAGACACUGUGUUUCACAGACACGGUCUGCAGUUGGGUUACUCACGCGGGGCGAAGCAGCUUGCCCACUUCCAGACUCGGCAACUUGCGGGUGAUUUUUUCUUCCUCUUCCACAUUAGGCAAAUUUUGAAUGUGACACUGGCCACAUUUUGGCCUUCUCUUUUUCAAACAACGUCCACUGUAAUGCAGAUGACGCUUAUUUACGGUGAAUACACCUGCAAUGUUACUAGCCAGCGUUGUCGAUACGCAAGAGUUUGGCAUCUCUUUUAACCUUGCGUCUUUCACGACGCUUGGGCCGUUCGUGGAAUGAACGUGGUCAAAGUGAACUCUGGGAUGGUUAGUGUGCAGAUUGACUGGGUUAUGGAUUAAUCGCGCUUGCGAUAAAACUAAAGAGAAUGUUAUACCACCCUGAUUCCUGUCUUUUACAAGCUCCCUGGUUCUCUUGUCGUUAUCAUUAUUUGCUUUAUACUCGUGACUGAUUCAUUAAAUGAAUGUUAACAGGUUGUACACUUCAUGUAAUUAACACCCAUUCUACAUAAACGACAGCAAAAAUAUAUCCCCAACACCGAUAUCGUUGACACUGCCCUAAACAGAAAAAAAAACAUAACAGGCGACGCCUCGGGCAAUGAUCCUUAUCCUCAUGGCACAUCGGGAGGUCAGAAAAGCAACGAAUAAUAUCAGCCGAUUUAGUUUCAUCUGGGCCACCCCUCCCCGCCACCACGCACUAUUUCCCUCGGAUGUCGGAGAGUUGGCCAAUGAGUGUCGUUCCUGUGUCGGUUCAUGGUGUUGGCAAAGCCGGCGUUGAGCAGAGGUCGCAAACGGGUUUUGAUUCCUUACCCGUACCCGUACCCGGCCGCACCAGGGUCGCAAACGGCUACCCGUACCCGGCCGGGUAUCGGGUAGGGUACGGGUAUCGGGUACCCGGUUGCGACCUCUGCCGUACAUGCUGAAAAUCCGGGUGGAUAUCUUCCACUAGAGAGCACCAGUGCACGCUUCAAAUGCAGGAAUUCGCUUUCAGUUGUUGGAAUUAGUGCGCCUGCAAUAGGUGUGUGUAUUUUUGUCGCAAUGAACAAGUUCUUUAAAAAUAUAUUUUUUGCCUUUUAACGCGAAUUCGUAAUUCUUUCCAAAGUUGCGCAAGUCUCACGAUUCCUAACCCGCCGUCUUCGUUUAUUGUAAUCGGUUACGAUUCCUUAUGGAAUUGUGGGAUUGUGGAAUUGUGGGGAGAGGGUUAGGGGAUCGGGGGGCCGUGCUGCGUGUACCCCUGGCAUGGCGUUUCUUGAGAGAUCGAGGGCCUAUGGGGGGGGUGGUAGUGGCCAACCUCAUUGGCAUUGAGGUGAAUGGGGAAUCUACCGGGCGAUUCCUAAGCCCUUAAGGAAUCCCAUUUCAAUGGUGGUUUCUCAGUCUCCUUCCAAAUGUCUGGGAUCUUCUUGGGUGAUUAAUUUGAUGGCCGAAUCUUUUUCUUUUUUAGGAUCCCAUGAAAUAACACUAAUGGCGACACUAGGUCACCAUAAUAUUUUGUUACCGGAUUGUGUGUCACCAUACCAAUAUUAACAUUUCUAUAAAAUAGUUGUGCAGAGUAACAAAAACAAAUGCAGAUGAAAUUCUAAAGCCUCUUGUUUUGAAAAAAAAAAUGUGUCGAUUUACUAACUUUUUAAAAUGUCAUGUCAGGUUCAUGAAAUGCUCUCUGGGUAUUGAAAUUGUCUUCCUUUUAAAAUAAAGUCGUUUAGUUUACGUCA